GUUAUAUUCAUUACAGAAGUGAAAUCGAUUACAUAAAAGUGUAAAGACUGUCGUCAUUUUCAGGCAAUCUGUGGACACAACUAAUUGUGAUGUGAAAUGGGAUGAUUGCAGGAGACCACGGCCAUGAUGGAUUGCAUGCCACAACGUAAGAGAUCACUGAUGUAUAUUAAAUCAUCACUGGCAUCAUUAAAUCCAUAUGAUCUCCACAAGAAGCUCAUCAAUGAAUAUUUGUUAAGCCGUAAGGGCAGCACAUCACUGUUAAGAAGAGACAGGUCUCGAGAUAAAUGUGAUAGUGAUGUUAUCCGGGAGAAUCAUCGGUUUCUGUGGGAUGAUGAUGAUAUUCCGGAUUCCUGGGAAGCCCAAUUAGCUAAGAAAUAUUAUGACAAAUUAUUCAAAGAAUAUUGUAUUUGUGACCUUAGCAGAUACAAGGAAAACAAGGUGGCUAUGCGAUGGCGUACAGAACAAGAAGUUGUUGUAGGGAAAGGCCAGUUUAGCUGUGGAGAAAAACACUGCUCAUCUAAGGAGGACUUACAUACAUGGGAAGUGAACUUUGGUUACAUUGAAAAUGGUGAAAAGAAGAAUGCACUAGUUAAAGCAAGACUUUGUACCAUGUGUUCAGAAAAAUUGAAUUACAAACAUAAAAGGCGUGAAAUUACACGUAAGAAAAAAAGAAGACUAAAAGGUCUUCCUGAAAUCGAACCGAAUAAAAAAUUGCGAAAGGAUGAGGAUGAUGAUAGGGACGUGAACCAGGAAUUAAAUCCAGAGAUAAAAGAAGAGGAUGAAAGUGCAUUGUGGAGGGAGGCUCAUCAGGGAACAGAAGAGAAAACUAGAGAUCAAGAGUUCGAAGAAUAUUUAGAGGAUUUAUUCAUGUAAUAUAAGCAUGUGUGUGGCACAGCCCUCACAGUGUUUUGUAUGUGAUAUAUUAUGUAUGAAUGUUGCAAUGUUUUCUCGUUAUGCGAAUAAAAUAUGCUAAAUGUCAA